CAGCCAGAAAUGUCACCUAACCGUAUUUGCCUGCCACUUGGCAUGGCGCUCAUCCUCGUCCUCGUCCUCUCCUGUCUGGUGUCCUCGAUUCAGGGCACCUGCAACGUAUGCAAUGCCGCCAACAAUCUGACCUGCUACUCCGCGACCCAGAUGCAGGCCUGCCAAGUGGGCGUCCUGGCCACCGCAUUGCCCGCCGCCUGUCCCGACGGUUAUGUCUGCGUCAGUGCAUCCAGCGGGGUGCUCUGCCAGCCGGAAGGGGAUGGAGCCAUAUCCGACUGCCAGGAGUGCAACAAGUGCGAUUCCAGCCAGACUUUUGCCUGCACCGGAACCGGAAGCUUCGCCCUGUGCCUGGGUACGUCCACCGUCCAGGAUUCGACGGGCACCUGUGCCCAGGGCUAUGUGUGCAACGUCAACGAUACCCAGAUAUGCGGUCUGCCAGCGGAUGGGGUGAUGCCCACCUGUUCGUAUGCCGGUGACACAACCACAAGUACCACCUCUAGCACCACUAGCACCACUGCAACCACACCUUCCACUAGCUCGGCGUCCUCGUACUGUGCAGCGGUCCAGAAGCAGGGAAAAUAUGCGGUGGGCAAUGACGCCUCCACGACCUGUCGCCAGUACAUUGCCUGCUCCCUGGUCAGCGGUAGAUGGAUCGGCAAGACCUACACCUGUCCGGGUAACAUGUACUUUAGCAGUGCCUCCGCUCUGUGCGUAACAUCCCUGCCCUCGACAUGCUCCACCAGUGUGAGUUCCACCACCUCAACAACCGUGGCACCGACGACCAGCAAUCCCGAUGCAUAUUGCCAGGCAAUGAGGGCACAGGGAACCUUUCCAGUGGGCACGGUGGCCAGCACCACAUGCCAUCAGUAUAUCUACUGCUUCCUGCUCAGCGGUGUCUGGAACGGUCAGAUGUACACCUGUCCGGGUAACCUGUACUACAACAGUGCCAAACGCAUCUGUGAGGCCGCCCUGCCCUCCACCUGCUCCGCCACGGUGGCCAGUCUAACCCUCAAUGGAAUCCUCCUGGAUUAA